GUUCGGGAAGAGCUUCUUCAAAAGGAAAGAAGUCCUUGACAUCGGCUGUAAUGCUGGCCUGGUAUCCUUGGCAGUGGCCCGCGAGUUUCAAGCCCGGCGAGUGGUUGGGAUGGACCUGGAUGCCGAUCUGAUCGAAGCUGCCGAAGCAAACUAUUCUUGCGAGAUAGACAGAUUGAAAGGCGAAGUGGAGUUCCGUCGCGAAGAUAUCCUUAGCUGCCCCCUGCGUCGGGGCGACGAGGCGAAGCCUGAACGAUUCGAUGUUGUUCUGUGCUUGUCUGUGACGAAGUGGGUGCACUUUGCUCACGGCGACACUGGGAUCCACAACCUGUUCAAGCGAUGUUUCAAACGGACGAGGCCAGGUGGGCACUUCGUCCUGGAGCCGCAGGGUUGGGGCAGCUACAAAAAGAAGCGCCACAUCACACGGGCCAUUCGGGACACCGUGGCUUCCAUCGAAAUCCGCCCAGAGGACUUUGCCGAGUAUCUCGUGGGCCUGGGUUUCGAGAAGGUAGAUGUGAUCGACCCUCCAG